AUGUUAUCCGCCAAUCACAAUCUAAUUGUAGGGGCUCAAACUUCUACAGUUAGAAAAAGGUAUUGUGAAAGGCAACGCGAGAUUGGUGCUGAGCGUUUGAUCAAUGACUACUUUAGAAGACCUACUGAACAAGAUCUCGCUAGACUUCUAUAUGUAGCAGAUCAACGUGGUUUUCCAGGCAUGAUUAGGAGUAUAGACUGCAUGCAUUGGGAAUGGAAGAAUUGUCCUAACGCAUGGGCUGGACAAUAUACAGGGAGAAGUAGCAAACCAACAAUCAUUUUGGAAGCUGUUGCAUCAUACGACUUAUGGAUAUGGCAUGCAUUCUUUGGAACUCCAGGUUCGUGCAAUGAUAUUAAUGUACUCCAUAGGUCUCCUGUUUUUGAUGAUGUCUUAGAAGGUUGA